AUGGCGCAGCAAGGAGCUCAGCUGGACGGAGCUAAAUUCUGCUGUUCCAUCUGUUUGGAUCUACUGAAGGAUCCGGUGACUAUUCCCUGUGGACACAGCUACUGCAUGAGCUGUAUUAACAACUUCUGGGAUGAAGAGGAUAAGAAGGAAAUCUACAGCUGUCCUCAGUGCAGACAGACUUUCACACCGAGACCUGUCCUGGUAAAAAACACCAUGUUAGCAGAUAUAGUGGAGGAGCUGAAGAAGACUGGACUCCAAGCUGCUGCUGCUGCUGAUCUCUGCUAUGCUGGACCUGAAGAUGUGGCCUGUGAUGUCUGCACUGGGAGGAAGCUGAAAGCCUUCAAGUCCUGUUUGACGUGUCUGAUGUCUUACUGUGAAAAUCACCUCCAGUCUCACUUUGAAUCAACCAAAUUAAAGAAACACAAGCUGGUGGAGCCCUCGGAGACGCUCCAGGAGAACAUCUGCUCUCGUCAUGAUGAGGUGAUGAAGAUGUUCUGUCGUACUGAUCAGCAGAUUAUCUGUUAUCUCUGCCCCGUUGAUGAACAUAAAGGUCAUGAUACAGUUUCCGCUGCAGUAGAAAGGACUGAGAGGCAGAGAGAGCUCGAGGUGAGUCGACUAAACAUCCAGCAGAGAAUCCAGGACAGAGAGAAAGAUGUGAAGCUGCUUCAACAGGAGGUGGAGGCCGUCAGUCGCUCUGCUGAUAAAGCAGUGGAGGACAGUGAGAAGAUCUUCACUCAGCUGAUCCAUCUCCUCCAGAAAAGAAGCUCUGAUGUGAAGCAGCAGAUCAGAUCCCAGCAGGAAACUGAAGUGAGUGGAGUCAAAGAGCUUCAGGAGAAGCUGCAGCAGGAGAUCACUGAGCUGAAGAGGAAAGACGCUGAACUGAAGCAGCUCUCACACACAGAGGAUCACAACCAGUUUCUACACAACUACCCCUCAGUGUCUCAACUCAGUGAACCUACAGACUCAUCCAGCAUCAAUAUCCGUCCUCUGAGAUACUUUGAGGAUGUGACAGCAGCUGUGUCAGAGCUCAGAGAUAAACUACAGGACAUCCUGAAGGAGGAAUGGACAAACAUCUCACUGACAGUGACUGAAGUGGACGUUUUACUGUCAGAUUCAAAAUCAGAGCCCAAGACCAGAGCUGGAUUCUUAAGAUAUUCACAUGAAAUCACUUUGGAUCCAAAUACAGCAACCACACAGCUGUUAUUAUCUGAUGGGAACAGAAAAGCAGAACUAACAACUCAACGACAGUCUUAUUCUAGUCAUCCAGACAGAUUCUCUCAUUGGCAUCAGGUCCUGAGUAGAGAGAGUCUGACUGGACGUUGUUACUGGGAGGUGGAGUGGAGCGGGACAGGAGUUCGUGUUGCAGUCGCAUACAAGAAUAUCAGCAGAACAGGAAGCUCAAAUGAAUGUCAAUUUGGACGCAAUGACCAAUCUUGGGCUUUAUAUUAUAACAAGAACAGUUAUGAAUUCUGGUUCAACAACAUCUCAACUCCCGUCUCAGGUCCUCGUUCCUCCAGAGUCGGAGUGUACCUGGAUCACAGAGCAGGUAUUCUGUCCUUCUACAGCGUCUCUGAAACCAUGACUCUCCUCCACAGAGUCCAGACCACAUUCACUCAGCCUCUCUAUGCUGGACUUUGGCUUUAUAAUAAUUGGGGAGACACAGCUGAGUUGUGUAAAGUGAAAUAGUCAGAAGUCAUUUGAGGGACAGUCAGUUAUUUAGUCUCUGUCAUUGUUGCUGAGAGCUCUUUGCUGAGGUGUUUCUGUGCUGCACAGAGAUCAGCUGUCAAUCAAGUUUGAUGGACAACUUUAACAUCUUCUCAUCUGUUGUUAUGUUAUGUAAAUAUUUGAGUUUCUUUAUGUGAUGCUCUUUCUUGCUUGUGUGUUUCAGCAGAGAGGUUAUCACUGCUCAUGAUGAUUUUCUUCAUAUAUAGAAACACAAACUUGCUUUUCUCAACAUGGAAACUGAAACUUUGUGCUCUUGUUUCUUUUCCAUCUCAUCGGUCUUAACAGAGAAAAAUCAGACCUUCCUUUAUCAAACAUAUUUUGCUCUCAUGACUUUGUGAAUCAGUAAAGAAAUGUAUUGUUGCAUUUACAUUCAUAGUUAUGCAUGUUGUCCAAUGUCACAUAUAAAUCAGGUGUUAUUAAGUGUUAUAAAACAAUAAUAAUCAUGAUACUA